AUGAGAAAUCACACAGCAAUAACAAAAUUUAUUCUGUUGGGACUUACAGAGGACCCGCAACAGCAAGUUCUGAUUUUUAUCUUCUUAUUUCUCACCUACAUGCUGAGCAUGACUGGAAAUCUGACCAUUAUCGUUCUUACACUCAUGGAUUCUCAUCUUAAAACACCUAUGUAUUUUUUUCUUCGAAAUUUCUCCAUCUUAGAAAUCUCAUUCACAACAGUCUGUAUUCCCAGAUUCCUGUACAGUUUAUCAACUGGGGACAAUACUAUUACUUAUAAUGCUUGUGCCAGUCAGAUAUUUUUUAUUGGACUCUUUGGUGCUACGGAAUUUUUUCUCCUGGCAGCCAUGUCCUAUGACCGCUAUGUGGCCAUCUGCAAGCCCCUGCAUUACAUGACCAUCAUGAACAACAGGGUCUGUACCAUCCUUGUCCUCUGCUGCUGGAUCUCUGGGUUAAUGAUCAUCAUCACACCGCUUGGUAUGGGCCUCCAGCUGGAAUUCUGUGACUCCAAUGCCAUUGAUCAUUUUGGCUGUGAUGCAUCGCCUCUUUUUAAGAUUUCAUGCUCAGAUACAUGGUUCAUAGAACAAAUGGUUAUAAUCUGUGCAGUAUUAACAUUCAUCAUUACCCUUAUAGGUGUCGUUCUUUCAUACAUAUAUAUCAUCAGGGCAAUUCUAAGAUUCCCUUCUGCUCAGCAAAGAAAAAAAGCUUUCUCCACCUGUUCUUCUCAUAUGAUUGUUGUUUCCAUCACCUAUGGCAGCUGUAUUUUUAUCUACAUCAAGCCUUCAGCCAAAGAAGAGGUGGGCAUCAAUAAAGGGAUAUCUUUGCUCACUACAUCUGUUGCCCCUUUGUUGAACCCCUUCAUUUAUACCUUGAGGAACAAACAAGUGAAACAAGCUUUCAAUGACACAAUCAAAAAAAUUGCAUUUACCUUACACAAGUAA